UGUAACAAUUCAUCUGGAUUUGUAGUUGUGUUAUACUCACGCAAUAUUUACCAUGUUCCUGAACGAUUUGCACUGCUUUGUGCAUCUUGAAUAACAGGUGUUGUUUGCAGAAGAAGACACUGCAAUGAAGGUCCUCAAAGUGCUCAUUCCCGCCACGGAGCAGGUCGGAUCGCACACGGUCUACUACAUAGAGGUUUUCAUCAGAGAGUACUCUUGGCUGGUGGCUAGAAGAUACAGAGAGUUUUAUGAUCUUCAUGAGAAGGACUGGAAAACACUGCUUGUGAAAAGUCAUGGGAUAGAUCACUCUCUAAUACCACCAAAGAAGUAUUUUGGAUUUCUUCAGCCUGAGUAUGUGGAAAGGAGAAGGCAAGCCUUGGAAGCAUACUUUGAGACACUGUUGUCGACAUUUGAAGAGAACUUACCUAAAGAAUUGUUGGAAUUCUUAGAGAUGGAUAAAUUUGAUGUUUGUGGUGUAACUCAUACUCUGGCUAAAGAAUUAUUUAUUACUGGAGAUGCAAUUCUGGCAAAGGAAGAACAAUUUAUUCUUACACCACUUCAGCUGCACUGUAUAACAAGCAGGCUUGGCAUGGCUGCGCCAACAUGUGAUUCCCAUGUUCCACAUGGUGAAAUAGGCAACCUGUAUGACUUCCUAUAUCAACUAAAACAUUUGAAGGCCUCAGGCAACAAAAAGCUGGUGGAACUGAGUGACAACAUGACACUAAAAUGCAACCUUGGUUUAUUCAAGUCUUUGAAGACCCUUGAAAUUGACAGCUGUGAAGUGGAGCCUUUUGAGGGACUCUGUUUUAUACAAAGCCAGAUAGAGAAGCUUACAGUUCAUCACUCAAUCCACUUGCUGAAAGACAUACUAGUCGAUGAUGAGAUUUGGGAGCAGGGUGUUCUGGAGACAGUGGAGGUAGAUGGGUCAUCGUCUUUGACUUCAACGUCAGACUUCCGGGCAUGGACAGCUCUGAACGAUGCAGAUUUUAGUCGGAAUGACCUUCCAUAUAUCGACGAAUCAGUGGUUUUGUUGCCAAAUGUCACAUGUUUGAAUCUCAGUUGCAAUCAGAUUGACGCUAUAGACCAUCUUCAGGCCUUGUCAAAUCUGGUCGAGCUGGAUUUGUCCUACAAUAAAAUCGCAAGUCUUGGAAACAACUUGAAUACAAGGCUUGGGAAUAUCAAGAAGUUAAAUCUGGCAGGAAACGAACUUGAUAAUGUGGAAGGCCUUGACAAGAUGUAUUCCUUAACAGAUCUGAACCUCAGCGAUAAUUACUUCACAGACGUCGGUACCGUGUUGACGUUAGGGGAAUUACCGUGCUUGGAAAUCCUGGAUUUCAGAGAUAACGCCAUGACAAGGGAACCCCUGUACCGUGUCAGGGUGUUCACGGCAUUUGAUGACCGCGCUGAACAGCUUGAACUUGAUGGUCAGCACCCAACAAGUAGAGAAAUGACCAAGAUCCGUGAGUUACUCCAAGAAGAGCAGAAUUUCGAAAUCAUUAAUUAUCCAACUCCACCGCAGUACUCAGUAUCGAAGAGAGGAAACAAGAAGGGCAGAAGUAUCGACAGAGUGAUAGCUCUUGACUCCGAAACAGAAACGCAACCCAGUACACCCAUAACAGAGUCUAAAUCGUCUGUGGACGAAUCAGACGCCGAGUUCCGUUCUCGAGUGGAGAAAAUUCGUCAGAUCGGUGGAGAUGCAUGGCUUACGUUAUAUGACGAGGUACACUCGGAAGAAGAAAUGACACAGUUCCAACAGAACGGCGAUAUCUCUUCGACAGGCGAGAGAAGCCCUAGUGAACCCGUAGGAGAUCAGCAGUCUCCCAAGCAUGACACGAUUAGUGGAACUUUUGAGAGUCCUGACAGAACCACAGAAGUAAUUGGUCUAACCACAGAACAGAGAACUGCAGGCGCACGGAGGGAGAAUGAAACCCACCCCAGUCGUCUUCAGUUUGGUUUUGCACCUGAGUUGGAAAAACUGGUUCAUGACAAAGUGGAAUCAAGUGCGGAUUUGACUUCAGGCACAUAUAUGGUGGAAGUCGAGGGAGAGGCGCACAAUGAAGGAAGUACAGAGGAGAGAAUGGUUGGAGUGGACCUUUCCAAAGGGGUCAUUCUCGAGAUACAGAUAACAACUGGGAAGACUUUUGCCAAACAUAACUUGGAGGACAUCAGCAGUGUUGACAUUUUGGAACUGCAUGACGCCUUCUGUGUCGACAUCCGGGACAUAUUUUCUAAGGAAUGGCGACGUCAUUUUGCAGAUGAUAGCGAUAAUUGUGUCCACAACAGAGACUAUCGUCAAGUGGCGAGGUAUCGCAUGCGUUCAAUGGAAGAUGCCGCGGAACUAUUUGCUCUGCUUUACAAGUUUAUAACUGAAAGGUCCUCAAAGGAUGCCAUUCCAAACGUUCUCACCCAAGAGCCCCUUGCAGAAAUCUUCCCGGCGAACAUCAUAGAAUGGCCCAACCCAUUAGGAGUACAUCAAGAUCUUCUGCACAAAUAUUUCGACGAUUUCCUCCAAGAACCUGACAAGAAACAAUCUGUAAAUUACACAGAAGCAAAUUCUUUGGACACCCACCGUAUACAGAGGGUUCAAAGCAUUUACCAGACCCUCCAUGCCGAGUUCAUAGACGUGGGGUGUUUAAGGCAUGAUCGCUCUGGGCCCUCCCCUGAGAUGGCCCGUCUGAUUUUGUGGUCUGGCUGUCUCCCGUAUGUGUACCCAGACCACGAGCUUCCUAUUUGCCUUCUAAUGACAAAUGUCAACAUUUAUUUGUUCCAUUCGUCACACUUAGAAUCACCUGAGCGUAUCCACACGUUAGCAAGCUAUAGUGAUCUACGAGAUGUCUUGCAUUGUUUCUAUAGCUUCCCAGUGCGGGAACUAAAUGAAGUGGUCUUUGGUUUGUACGAUCAAGGCUUCAGACUGGAAGUAAAACUCGAUGGGCCUCGAGGCACAUUUACCGUUAUCACUCGCGACGCCGAGAAAACGGACAAAUUUUUAGGAACAUUGAGAGAUGUGCUCGGGGAGCCCUUGAAUGAGGAGCAUUCUGAUGUUCCUCCGUUUAGGAGACAAUUUUCAUCCGAGAGUCUUCCAAAACUCACUUUUCCGACCGAGGACAAAAUUGACAAAUUAAAACUAGAACUUGCAAAAUUCGGCAAGGCUUCUUCUUCUGAAAACCAGCAUUUGCUAAUGUACUCUAUCGUCCGAGAAAUUCCCGACUGUGCCACGCUGAAUGUGCAGGAAAACGUAGAUCUCACGAAGAUGCUCCGAAGCUUGAUCGUGACAAACUCGGAGAUCUAUCUAUGCGACGAGGAUCAUGUGCAUUGGCCGCUGCCCUCGUUCGUGCGGGCGCCGCCGUCAACCCCUCAGUGGGUGGUUACUAAGGCACAAUGGAUCAGUAAGAUCGUCGGGCUUGAAGUGUUUGAACUUAAGGGUAAUGUUUGUGAAUUUUUCGGCGAGUUUGGGCUCUCGCUGAUCUUCGACUGUGAUGAAUCGGCAGCACAGUCUACGGGCGAACAACAUUCGUGGCACUUAAUUUUCCGAGCCGCCGAUGAACGCACGCAGCUUCAACGGUCGCUGUCACAGGUAUGGAAGGACAACUUUCAAGCCGAUCUCAAAAUCACGCACUCAAAGCCAAAGUCUUUCCCAGUCCUUCCAGAGAAAAAGGAUGGAAAAGGGCUCCUUGAGCCCACUUCUCCGAAUGGUGUACAAACACCCGUAGGUACCCCGGUGGAGUCGAAAUUUAAAAAGACCCAUCGGAGGGUGGGGUCGGAUUUUUUACCCAUUUUCAAACCAAACAUGUUGAAUAGCUUGGAGAGCUUAGUCGCCCUCGAUAGAAAAAUCUUGGACGGUUUUUUUCAUAAAUGGAUUUCGCAGAAAGAGGAAAACGAAAGUGAAACACUUCUCCAUGUUUUAUGGACUGGCUGCACCCCGUAUCUGUUUCCGUCGCUUGAAUUCAAAGUUUGCAUAUUGUUAAGCAAUUUGUAUUUGUACAUUUUGGCGGAUAAAGAACACAAAAUCUCCAUCAACAAACAAAAAGGAAUCAGGUUGAAGAUUUCAGAAGAUACCGACUUCAGUGAUGUUAAACCGACGAUCUGUUUUAAUUUCAUCCCGAUAACCCAACUCAGGCAGGUUUGCGUGGGUUUGUUUGAUCAAACAUUGAGAAUCGAAACAGAGUCGCGGAAGGACACGUUUACUUUAGUAACACGAGAUUUCAAAUUGACGAGUACUUUUCUAGAGAGACUAGGCGCGAUUUUGUCGUCAAUACAUCGUGGUGAUUCAUCGCCUGCGUCGAGAUCUGACACGAUGCCGACGAGCAUCUACGACUCGCAGUCAACUGCUGAUAAUGAUCCGAGCGAUUUUCCGAGAGCAGAUUAUCAACACACGAACGGUGGUGUGCGCUUCGUGUAUCCGAGCGAUGACACGUUGGAUAUUCUGAAGGAUGCCAUCGCUGAGUUCAGCCGCCAGUCAGUUCAUUGCCUCGAACUCAACCAUGUGGUCAUUUUGGUGUAUCUCUUGGUCUUCCACGAGACAGAAACGGCUCGCGAAGAACCCCGCACUCUCGUUAUCAUGGAUAAGUCUCUAUGCCUUUGCAUCGAAGAUCAUGUUAACUACCCGCUGCCGUUAUUCGCCACGGGACUUCCCGAGAACCCGCAAUACAAUGUGCAAGACUUGCGUGACAUCCAGUCACUGUCACGUGUUGAAUUCAGUGACUUCAACUCGUGCGACUUUACAAUGGUUUUCUCGCCGACGCGACCUCAAGACGAUGAUGCACCAGAUGGCUUUGAUUCAGCGAGUAUGGGUGAGUUGUGUGUCAUUACACAUCACUUGCCAGAUCCAGAUGAACGCGAUAUUUACUGGAAAAUUGUUGCUCAGACUUACGAGGAAAAAGAGAAAGCUAUGAGUCUGAUCUGCAAGCUCUGGGCUGAUAUUCAUGGCGGAGCUCUACCUGUUAUGAAAGCUAAAGGGUAGGAAUUAAAAUGCCACAAAAUUAAACGCAGCUUAACGGUUUCAAACAGAAAUGGAAGAGGCAGCUGCUCUUAAAUACUGAGAAAGUGACAUAAAUUGGGACAAUGAAACAAUUUCCGCUCAACACAUUCAAUCAAUGCAAACCAGAGUGGAAAAUUUGGGAAUCAGAAGGACAAUUCUUCAGUUGCCGUGGUUAAGAAAUCACUUUCAUGUGCCAGGUAUUUUCAAAUUUUUCCCUCGUUGAACGAGCGAAAAACCGGCCAUGAUACGAAUAGAGAGAUCAAAAACUGUGAUGUUUGACACCGAGGUGGCGCAAUAGACAACGAAUGACACUGUUAACCAUACUAGCAAUGUAUAUAGUUUUUUUUAUCUCGUUGAUAAAGCUGCGAAACAUGGCGCUAUUUUAAACAGAUUGUUUCAAAACUUUUGCAAUUGAGAUACAGGUAGAUCAGUUCCCAUACUCGAAUUUGUUACUAUUGUAAGGGUCUGUUAUAUUAUCUGUGGAUGUACUUUUGGAAAUAAGAGAGGUGUAUAGAAUUAUAUUUAUCUGUAUUUGUUACCAAAGCACAUUUAUAUUAUCCAUAGUUUUGUAUGUUUAUUGCUAUCAAUUCAAAUUACAUCUGAUGAA